AUGCGUCCCGAAACCGUGGGACAACGAAGUCGCCGGCAAACCGUUUCCUCCGGCCCGCCGCCAGAGCCCAAGUCAAAUGAUAUCGAAAAAUUUGGAACGUUACCGGAGGACUCUAAGUCAAUUGAAGAGCUUCAGAAUGAGCUGGAAUUCCUCCAGUGGUAUGGCGGGGUCGAGGAUGAAUUGCUGGAAGCCAGCUACGAUGAAUACCAGUCGUGCCUCGAUGAGCUGCAAACCUCAAAAUCGCACUUGGAUGCCCUCCUAUCCGAUACCUCGUCUACCCUCAACCUCCUGAGCAGCAUAUCGGAAUCCUUCAAGGCAGUCGAAUCGCAAACGUCCAGUUUCCAGAAGAAGUGCGAGGGUCUGCUGUCCGCACAAAGACGCGACCUGAAAUUAGCGGCCGAUAUCGAAGGAAAUCUGCAGUAUUAUGACUUACUGGAUCCUGCUUCCAGAAGGCUUAAUGCCCCAGGGGCUGGGAACACCGUUCGUGGGGAGGAUUUCUCAGAUAUGCUUAGGCGCUUGGAUGAAUGCUUGGACUACAUGGAAACACAUCCUGGGCAAAAAGAAGCCGAAGUAUACCGGUCAAGGUACCGGCUCCUUCUAACCCGUGCUCUUACUCUCAUCCGGGGUCAUUUCGUUUCUGCAUUGCGCGAUAUCCAUGUCGACGUCUCGAAGAAAAUAUCAGACCAGCAACUAAACGACACCACCACGUCCGCUCUCCUGUACGCGAAAUUCAAAGUCGGUGCACCUGAACUAAAGCAAAUUGGUCUCGAAAUCCAGAAGAGAGCCGUGCCUCCACUCGAUCCCGACCAAGGCAACGAAGCUGAAUACCAAAGUCUUCUGAACGAGCUUCACUCUAAUUUUUCUGCAACCCGAGGUAAAUUGAUUAUACCAUUGGUCCGCAAAAAGCUCAACGACAUUGCGCUCGCGCCAAGCACAUCGGAAGAUCUGGUCGCCUUCGCUCGGGGUAGUAUCAGCUAUAUCCGUGGCGUAUGUUUGGACGAGUUCGAACUCUGGAGCGAAUGGUUUCAUGGUCAGGGAGGCCUAUAUGACUUUUUGGAAACCGUUUGUGAGCCUCUCUACGAUCACCUCGGGCCAAGAAUUAUUCGUGAAGACAAAAUUAUCAAGCUUUGUCAACUGUGUACAUUACUGCAAACUCGCUACCUUCUCGAUCCAGACGACGAAACCGAACAAGUAGACGCCAACCAACUUGACUUCUCUGUUUUAAUACAGCCCGCCCUGGAAGAUGUACAGACUCGUCUUGUCUUCCGCUCACAAGCGUUCCUCCACGAUGAAAUUGAGCGAUAUAAGCCUCGUCCGGGUGAUCUCGACUACCCUACACACAAUCGUGGGGCUUCAAUAUCGGUGACAGAAAGCCAGAUUUCGGGCAAGAAGAUGGUGCCUGCUGAUGCGGUGGUGAGCUUGUCUAAACCAACAAAGCAAGAAGAUGGCGGCGAUUCGCCAGAUCAGGAUUCGAAGUGGGACUUUGAUGAAUCGCAAGCUGUUUUAAGUGGGUGGUAUCCGACAUUACGGAAAGCCAUUUGGCUCCUGAGCAGGAUAUAUCGACUGGUCAAUUCUACCGUGUUUGAUGAUUUAGCGCAUCAAAUCGUGCACCAAACCAACUUAUCCCUCCACCAAGCAAGCAUUCAAGUGUCGAACAAGUCACUCGCAGACGGACAGCUCUUCCUAAUGAGCCAUCUGCUCAUUCUAAAACAGCAAAUCGUCGCGUUCGACAUCGAAUACGUUGCUCCAGAAGUCUCCUUCGAUUUCUCUGGCAUCACCAGCACAUUCUGGGAACUCCGCGAACGUGGUGGUCUCUUCAACCCAGGCAACUUAAUGCGCCUCGUCGGCCACGGCCUGUUACCACGAGUAGUCGAAAACAUGCUCGACGCCAAAGUUGAACUCGAUGGCCGACUCCGCACAGUCAUUAAUGACUUCAUCAACGGCUUCUCAGACAAGAUGACCUCGUCCCUUCCCUCGAAAUUCGUCGACACGCAGAGCCUCCAGCGCGGAGAACUGAUCUACCCCACCUGCCGGAAUGUCGAAAAUGAAAUACCGGGUCUCCGCAAGAUCCUCGACGACUACCUUGACGAUACCCGUAUGAAAGAGACACUCGUCGGUGCCGUGCAGGACCGGGUCAUCCAGAUAUACGAGGAUUUCUUUGACAUGUACACGUCCUCUGAGAAGCGGAAGGGUAACACUGUCAGUAAGAAGGGCAAGGGCCGCGAGGAUGCGGUAUGGGAUGUAGAUACUUUUGCAGAGUGGUGUGAAGGCAUCUUUAGGGUUGGUGUCACCGGUAUUCGCCCCGGAGAUUUGGGUGAUGACGACGAAGCCAUGAGCAGUAGGAGUUUGAGCAUGAGUGUUAGCAGAAGUGGUAGUAUAGGGUCGCUGCGUCGGUAG